CAAUGAAACCAUCGUCACUUUCCAAAAUGUUUGCUUUGGUGUUGUUGUGUGCUCUGGUGUCCUCGAGCCACGGUGCCCGAAUCCUCGGGGUCUUCAUGACCCCCAGCUACAGCCACCAGGUGGUCUUCCAACCCAUCUGGAAGGAAUUAUCCCUGAGGGGACACCAAGUGACCGUUCUGACGCCCAACCCACUCAACGACCCCACUCUAACGAAUCUCACCGAAAUUGAUUUAAGCUUCUCGUACAAAACAUGGGAUAAUUACAGCAUCGCCACACUGGGGACCAAAGAACAUUCAACAAGCGAAGAAGUGAAGAAGCUGUCAGAGGCGUAUCUGGCCGUAAGUGAAGUCCAGUUGAGUCAUCCAGCAGUGCAAGAAUUCCUCCAAAACAACACGAAAUACCAGUUUGAUUUAAUCCUCGUUGAGUUUCUUUGGCCCAUAAUGUACGGCUUUAAAGACAUCUACAAGUGCCCAAUGGUCGGGAUUUCCUCACUCGGACUCACGGCAACGGCAAUGGAAGCCAUCGGAAACCCCAGCAAUCCGGCCCUGGAACCCGAAUUCACCCUCCCCUUCUCCACGAACUUAUCGUUCAAAGAACGCGUGAUUAGUACAGUGUUUAAAGUUCUGUUCAAAGUGGGUGCCCAAGUCUCACUUCGGCCGAAAAUGGAGAAACUCAAGCAAAAAUUUUUCGGUGAUGUGCGCCGAUUGGAAGUCAUAGCAAAGGACGUGAGCCUUGUCCUUGUCAACUCCAAUCUGGCCUUGCAAAACGUCAAGCCUUUGGUACCCGCUUUCGUCGAACUGUCCGGAAUUCAUUUGAAAAAACCCAAAAGUUUGCCACCAAAACUUCAGAAAUACCUAGACGAAGCCAAGGAAGGUGUCAUCUACUUCAGUCUUGGCUCCAAUGUUAAGAGCAAGUUUUUGCCGAAAGAACAGUUUGGGAAAUUCAUGAGUGCCUUCUCGGAACUACCUUACAAAGUCUUGUGGAAGUUUGAGAAAGAAGAUAUGGAGAAUAAGCCGGACAAUGUUGAGAUUCAGAAAUGGUUGCCACAGCAAGACCUGCUCCGGCACCCAAACAUCAAACUGUUCAUUACCCAAGCGGGGCUUCAGUCGCUGGACGAAGCCAUCCGGGCCCAAGUCCCCAUGCUCACAAUUCCCUUCUUCGGGGACCAGAGGUACAACAGCGACCAUUUGGUCCAGAGUGGAGGAGCCCUCUCGCUUGAUUUCCAUUCGUUUACUUCGAGCGAAUUUAAAGAGAAAAUCAGCGAACUUAUCACAAAUCCAUCGUACAAGGAGAAAAUUACAAAACUGUCAAAGAUAGCAAGCGAUCAGCCGAUGGAAGCUUUGGAAAAAGCCGUGUGGUGGAUUGAAUACGUUAUAAGGCACGAUGGGGCUGAACAUUUGAGAUACGCCGGUGUCGAUAUGCCAUUUUACCAGUAUUUCCUCCUAGACGUAAUUGCUUUUAUCAUAGCUACACUCGCCUUAAUAUUCUACGUCCUGCGAAGAAUAUUCAAGCACGUUGUCGUGUGCUAUAAAGUCGUCAAAAACGUACUCAAAUCACUCACGACGCUUAAGAGUCACACUGAAUAAUCGACCAAUCUCAACUAAUUCUAUUUAUUAAGCCUUAUAGGCUCCAUUUUUCUACUUCUCCCCUAGUAAAUAAAGUUUUAACACAGGAAA